AUGGGAAUUGGAAUGGUGAUUGACCGUGGAUUGGAACGGGGAAUGGAACGGGUAUUGGAACGAGGAUUCAAACGGGAAUUGAACCGGGGAUUUGAACGAGAAUUGGAACGGAGAUUGGAGCGGGAAUUGGAGCGGGGAAUGGAACGGGGAGUUGAACGACGAUUGGAACAUGAAUUGGAACGAGUAUUGGAGUGGGGAUUGGAACGGGGAUUGAAAUGUGGAUUUCAAACGGGAUUGAAGCGGGGAUUGAAACGGGGAUUGGAUCGUGAAUUGGAGCGGGGAAUGGAACGGGGAAUUGAACGAGGAUUUGAACGGGGAUUGGAACAUGAAUUGGAACGAGUAUCGGAGUGGGGAUUGGAACGGAGAUUGGAUCGGGGCUUGAAACGACGAUUGGAACCGGGAUUGGAACCGGGAUUGGACCGGAGAUUGGACUGGAACGCAGAUUGGAGCGAGGAAUGGAAUGGGGGUUAUGCGAGGAUUGAAACGGGGAUUGGAAUGGGGAUUGACUGUGGAUUGAAGCGGGAAAUGGAACGGGGAUUUGAACAGGGAAUUGAACGAGGAUUUGAAUGGGGAUUGGACCGCGGAUUGGACCAUGAAUUGGAACAAGGAUCGGAGUGGGGAUUGGAACGGAGAAUGGAACGGGGAUUGGAACGGAGAUUGGAGGGGGUUUGA